AGAGAGAGAGAGAGAGAGAGUGUGUGUGUGUGUGAGUGUGUAUUAAAUAUUGGUAGAACAAAAACAAAAAAAACUGCAAUACAUUUAAUUUUGCCAGUGUGCUGUAGAAUACUGCAGGUGCCCUUUUAAAUUAAAAACAAUUGUCGGCAUAAGUCCACCCCAGUAACCCCUUCCUAAAAAAAAGAAAUAAAUCUAGCUUCCGUAACUAAAUAAUAAUAACAAUAAUAAAUUAUGAUCUAUUCUUACUAAUCCACUUUGACCUAGUGGCACAGACAGAUACACGCAAAUACAUACAACAAAACAUAUAAAAAUAUCUAGUCCACGUGAUACGUCGUGUCCCUGACAAUGUAUUACUACAUUCAACGGUAAACCCCACCCCUCAUCGGAUUGGCGUUGCCAGAUGACGUCAAUUACGGGGUAUUCCAGGUAGCGUGUAGCUAUCCGAAAAUCUGCAAGUCUGUCUUAAUUGUGAUGUACAGGCCAAUGAAAGCAUUUAUAAUAUCGCAGAACACAGAAAUGAUUACAUUCUGGCAGUGGAAGCGCGUAUUACCAUGUACGAAGUCCAACUAAUCACUUUCCAGUCGACGGCUCGUAACUGGGGCAUUGAUGACGCAAAUACGACAGCGCACAUAGCUACCUAAGUAGCGAGUGCUCCGCGAGAGAAAGUAGCGCUUCCGAAAUUAUCUACAGGUCGAAAGUGAUGUAAAGUUAGACAUUGUCGUUGGCGAAUCGGAAUAGGAAAUACACUAUUUCUGGCCUGGUGAGAUUCGUUACCUUGUGUUUAGUCUGAAUGCUGGACCGUGACAUAAAUGCGAAGGGAAAGCUACAAGUGACACAAACGAUUAAUUGUUACCAUCAAGAGUUUUGCCUGGACUGACGGAUAUAUACCAAACGAUUCGUGCGUUCUCUUCCUCGAUGGUAUUUACAUGUUACCUAUGUGAGGAACUACACUGCCGCCAGCGCUAAGUCAGCACCAAGAAGAAUCUGUGCUGACAUCAUUGGAUAGACUUAUUUGUAGAAUUUGGGGACUUAUUUAUACGUGGUUCUACAUACGGCUUAACAUUGGCUGAAUCAAGCAAAGCCUCGAACAACAGUAAAAUGGGGCGCAAGAAGAUACAGAUCUCGCGUAUAGGAGAUGAACGUAACCGGCAGGUUACGUUUACCAAGAGGAAGUUUGGCCUCAUGAAGAAGGCGUAUGAGCUGAGUGUCCUGUGUGACUGUGAGAUUGCUCUCAUCAUCUUUAACGGCUCCAACAAACUGUUCCAGUAUGCCAGCACCGACAUGGACAAAUGUCUGCUCAAAUACACCGAGUACAAUGAACCUCACGAGAGCCGAACUAACAAGGACAUUAUUGAGGCUCUGAACAAAAAGGAGCACAAGGGCUGCGACAGCCCCGAGCCGAUCGAUCAGGAUCCGUACACACAGGCUCUCCGCGGAGACGAGAAGUUCGACCGUCUCUCUGACGACUAUCAGAGGGUGAUGCAGCAAAAUGCCAUGCGUGGUACUUUGCCACAGUUUGGGAACCCUGGGAUGCCUGUACAGCUUCACAACAACAUGUACGGGGGUCAGACGGGGCUGCUCCCCCCGCACCCGAACCACCACAGCAUGUCGAGCCCGUCGCCCGGCCUGCUUCAACCACCGUCGGUCAUCCCACCCUCACACAGUCCACGGCCAGCUUCUACAGGUCAGAUGGUUGACUUGAGUCACUCCCCCACCCCGAACGGAUACUCCCACCGAGCGUCACCCUGCAGCUCCCCAGGCCUGAUGGCUCAUCACGCCAAACACAUGUCAAAACAGUCGCCCACACCCCCCCUCAACCAGAUCCGGCAGAACACCAACCCGAAUCUUAGAGGCAUGAUUCCGCCAUCUGAACUACUGGGAAGACAAUUAAACUCAGGCAUGUCAUCGCCUGUCGUUUCCUUAGCAACGCCAGGGUUACCGCCAGGAUCAAACUAUCCGGGUCUUCCUUCAGCAUUUCCACCUAAUAUGUCCAACAAUGGCAAGUAUAAAUACGAGUUCCCACUGAAUACUGCUGAUGUAGGAAACAGUCCGCACUACCAGUGGGAUGGACACAGCCCCCUGAGCGGAGGAGGAUCCUCGCACCACCCCGGACUCUCCAUAUCAGCAGGAACUGUGCCCCACUCCAUCAACAAUCAACAUUUGUCUCCCCUUGCUAUCAACACAAUGACUUCGAUGAACAUUAAAAGCGAGCCCAUCUCUCCACCCCGUGACUCACUUCCCUCUAGUCACCAUCAACAGCAUCAACAACAGCAUCAACAACAGCAUCAACAACAGCACCAACAACAACAACAACAACAACAGCAGCAGCAGCAGCAGCAGCUGCGGCCCCCAUCGACGGGCACAGGCCACCUGUCGCCGGGACACAUAUCCCACAGCCAGAGCUCGUCUCCAGUUCACAUACACAACUCGGACUACGAGGGGCCCUUACUAAAGCGAUCUCGAAUUGAGGCAUGGACAACCUAGGACUGGCUCGGGCCGUUGGGCCGCUCGCGCCCUGGAGUCUAGCUGUUCUCGUUGACGCUUGGGUCAGUUUCUAAUUCUGACCCAGCACUUAGGUCCAAAUUUAAUUAUUUGAGACCUUGAUGGCCGCAACAACAAACAAACAAAAAAAAAAAAGGACAAAAAAAAAAAAAAGAGUAAAAACUGCAUGUUUGCACAGCUGUAAAUGAUAUUUCUGCAAGCAAUGUCAGGCUUGAGACUGGAUCUGUUUAAGGGGUUAAUGACUGUGUGACUCGGUGCCUUUGCUUCUGUCAGGUGCAACUUCUUGGGACUUUUUAUCGGCCUGUAUAUAUUAAUAUCAUAUAUAACGUGUCAAAAGUUGGAUGGUAUCUAGUGGUUUUUUCUGUUAUUUACUUGUGUUGCCAUUGUAUUUUACUAAUGUUGCAGUUGUACUGAAAAGUAAUUUUUUUGUUUGUUUUGACCCCAGAAUUUAUUCUUGGUGGUACAUUGUGACAGAAACAUUGUGAUAUGUUAUGUGAUUAACUCUUAUUUACAGUAUAAAACUGUAGUGCACGAAGAAAAGUCUUGAUUAUCCCCCCUGUUAAGGAGCAUUCUUAAAGUUGCAAAUGUUAUAUUUCACAAUUUUUAUAUUUAUUUGUGAUAAAUAACUUCAAAUUAAUCGACCCCACAUGUAAUCUUUUCACUCAAGAAUAUCAAAAUUGUAUUUUUUUUGCCAUUUAAAUAAUUGUUUCCAAAAGAAUCAUUGGUGGAAAAAUUAGAGUAAUAUUUAUUGCAUAUCUGUUAAAAUAGCAAUCAGCUAAUUGUCAAUAUAGAGAUUCCAAUACAAACUGUUCAUGUUACAGUUUUUGCAAUGUUAUAAAUUUAUAAAAUUUAAUAUUGAAUGAAAUUAGUUAGAUGUAAUUUUUUGUGGGCAUAUGUUUCAAGAUGUAAUCUUUACAUUUCACUAAACAUUUUCUUUGUACUUUUUCUUUUUGCGACUUUAAGACAUCCCCUUUAUAACAGUAGCACCGUGAGUAUUUUCAUAUGAAUGUCGUGUUUAUUUGAUGAUAUAUUGACGAAACCGGUCACAAUGCUAGCUUAUGUAGAUUACGAGGGGUUACUUUCCCCUUGUAAGAUUGAUUCCUGCAAUUGACAUUGAGUGCUAAGUUAUUUUUUUCAGGUCUGAGUUCUUUAGAUACUGUUUAACAGUCAUGAUUGGUUUUGUAGAACUGUUUUGAGAAAAGAUUGAAAAAUGUGGGUUGUUUUCCUUGAGACUGGUCCUACACACUAGUUGUUUUUUUCUAUGAAAUUUGGAUACCUUAGUUUAGACCACUUUAGAGUUGUAAAGAAAUAUUCCCUAAUUAUAUCCGCCCCCCCCCCCCCCCCCCCCC